UUUCGGAAGAAGAUCCCGACAAAGCGGCCCUAUUUCUUUUCAGCCAGAAAAAGUCGAAGAAUCCGAAAACCGACGAUGUACGCCAGGACUAAUACCGGCAGCACACACGGAGACUUUCAAGAUAGAAACGGAGUGAAUUAUGUGACAUCGACAGAGUCUUUCGGCCACUGCUCUCAAUUGUUCUGGAAAAAGGAUCCCAACGACUCCGGACCAAGUUCGACCAUCAGCUGGUGUGAUCAGCUCCCUUCGUCCUCAGCAGCACUCUCUAGUUCCAGUCUCUCCUCAGCGUCACUCUCCAGCUCCAGUCUCUCCAUGGAGUCCCGAGCGCCAGCACCUACACAAGCACCAGCGACAACAGCGUCAGAUGACAUGGAAUCAGAUGAGAGGCCAUAUGUCUGUGACCUGUGCACCUGCGCCUACAAGCAUGCGAGCUCCCUGCUCAACCACAAGCUCACCCACAAGACUGGAGACUUCAGGUGCGACUUUUGCAGCAAGCCCUACACCAACUACAUGUCCCUGCGCAACCAUAUGCGAAUCCACGGUCAGAAGCGCUACAUGUGCGACCUGUGCGGGAAGGCCUUCCGUCUGGCCCGGUACCUCCGUAAUCACCAGAGGAUCCACGAUGACGGGCCCAACCGCUUCGACUGUCCCUCCUGCUGCAAGAGCUACAGGACCAUGCUGGAGCUGGCCCAGCACCGCUGUACUGCUGCUGCAUCCAACCAGAACCGGUUCAACUGCCCGUCCUGCUUUAAGAGCUACAGAACCAUGCUGGACCUGGCCCAGCACCGCUGCAGCGCCGCGGCCAAAAACCAGUCUGGUGGUCGUCGUUCCAAUUUUGCCGCCACUCCUCGCCGUCAGCAGCAGCAACAGCAACAGCAACAGCAGAACAGUGCCAACUCCAUGAUGCAACCGCAGCAUGGAGGACACGGCCAGCAAGAACCUCUGCCCUCCCACUGCGUCUCCCCCAUGUCCCAGGGAGGGCAGGGUGGCGUGACCAGCCAGUCUGUGCCUGACCCCCACCAGCAGGGCCGUCCCAGCUCAGUGUCCUCCCAGAGCAGCCAGCAGAGCAUGAGGAGCUCAUCCUCCAACAAACACAUCUCCUCCUCCAGUGCCACCCCGUCCUCCUCCUACUCCCUGCUCCAGCCCCUGGUGCCUGAGGUAAAGGAGUUGAGCUCGGGAUACACUAGGCUGAGCGCCAACCCCAUGCCAAAGCACCAGGACACUUUCUCCCUGGCCCCCCAGCGGCCCCUCACCACCAUCAACCCCAUCGGCCACUCUCUCCAUCCGAAUGGAGCACCCACGCUCAAGCCUUCCCCAGUGCCACGCACCAUCCAGGCCAUGCCCUGGGAGCAGCGCUCUCUCUACAAUCAAUGAGACCCCUGGGAACCAGCCGCCCCCCCUUCACGUCACGUCCAGCACCACCCCCACACACCCUCCUCAUCUCCCCACCCCUUUCGGACCCAGCAUCAAGGAGGGAGGACUUUGGACGCCCCUCCAACCUCUUACCCUCCUCUGGAACGUUGUGUUUGGGAACAGGGAUGGGCACCAUUGAGAACUAGCUGAGAUUGAUAACUGAGUAGUUAGUUUUAAAAAAAAUGUGUUGCCUUGACCCUCAUGUAUGAUGUAUGCCAUGUACUGGAUAUAAGUUAAAAUGUCUGCCCCCUGAUCUGUCCUCUCACCAAGAAUUUAUCUGCCCAUCCUCCUCUUCCACUCUAAUUAUGAAAAUAUCUAUCCUUCCCAUUAUAAAUAGUGUGUCUCUCUCUGCCCCGCCCUUUAUCUAUAUGUUGAAUGAAACAGAAGGCUGUUUUUAUCAAGAGUAUGUUCCAGACUUUGAACAACGAGGGAUGCCAGGAAGCUGCAUUGUCAAAGUAAAUGUGACAGAAUUCACCCUUCAGUCUGAUAUGUUCUUGAACAUAAGGCCCAACUUUUUAGUGAAAUGAGGCCUCUGAAAGGAGAAGGGGAUACUUUCUUUUUCUUCUUCUUCGUCGUCUUUUUUUUUUUUUUUUUUUUUUUUUUUUUUAAAACGUACCCCUUCAACGUGCUCCAGAAUGAAGUUUGUGUAUAGUGUGUGUUAGGAGGUGUCAUGACUAUUUCUGAAAGCCGUUUUUCAUUGUCCCUGAUGUCACAGUACCCACACCUCUCAACUCCAAGCAUCAUCAGCAAGGAACACAACGUAUGCAGCCCAGCUGACUGUUGUUCUGCACAACAUGUUGACAUGUACCCGCCAGUUUGGCUUCUCUGUGUUGAGAAGACGGGAACCCUGCUGUUGGUAAGGACCUCAAUGUUACCAGCAGCCACCACCACAGACAUUGACAGUUUGGAGUGGUUACCUUCUUUAACACACAACUGAAAGCUCACUUUUUUUCUAAACUUGCAUCUGACUGGUGGCUUGUUGUUACUGUAGUUUCAAUAAUCUCUUGGCUGGGAAUCAAAUCUAUAAGAUAA